UUCCACUCGGCUGAACCUGGGUGGCUACCUCUGACCCUCAAUUCCUACGCACCGGGCUUUUGCGGCAGCCCUUUGGAACAGAAGAACGCACCACAAGCAGCUCGAGGCGUGUGUCCAUCACCAAUCCGUGCAUACCAUAUCGGAAAGUUCGUCAUCGGACCGCCCGGCUAUUACUAGCAUCUGGCAUCGCGUCGAUUUGCAGAUCCCAUCGACCACUCAGAAGCCACCCUAUCGAACGUGCUACUGUUCUGCAUUGUGCGUGGAAUUACUUGCGCAACCCACAUCAUCAAACGAUUGUAAUAUCCGUGGGAUAAUCCGCCGCCUCGGAUUAGCAUCAAAGCGCAUAUAAGCUUCGCCUAGGACCCGCGGCUCUGGGCAACGCUUUUUCCAGCCAUUCCACUAUCAGCAUAUAACAACGAGUCCGGCCCAGCCCUCGUUGUACAGUUGUUACUAUGGCGAAUUCUCACGAACCUACGCCACCAUCCCUCCGGGAUUAUGGUGUUGCUGCACCCCAUGGCCCCAACAUGACCGGCGAGCACCAAGCUACUCAGGACAUUGACAUCCGUAACGACAUGAGCGCGAACGAGUCUAAUGUGUUUCAUGCCCUGCUUCACCCCGACGACCUUUACAAUGCCAACGGCACCUACUGGGCAGACAUGCCACUGGGUCAACGGGUCAAAUUCAUUGGACAAGUCGACAAAGCUGAAGCGAAAGCUGAAGCAACCUACUUCUGGGACAUGUUCAAGAAAGACCCACUUGCGCCUUUUGGUCACUACUUCCGAACCUGUGUAAUUCCUGGUAUGGGUCUUGGUCUCGAGGGUUACGUUCUGUUCUCCAUUGGUAACGUCAGACCUCUUCUGCAGGCUGCCUUCCCAGCAUGCUGGGGUAAGCACGAGAUUUGCGAUGAAACCUGGCUACAGGCUAUUGACUACCUCGAGAUUUGCGGUAUCAUUGUUGGUCAGAUCCUCGUUGGUAUUGUUGGUGAUUGGCUCGGCCGCCGCUUCGGUCUUAUCCAAGAUGCUGUUAUCAUGUUCGUCGGUCUCCUCAUGCUCACUGCUGCCUGGGGUGUCACCCAGAACGGAUGGGUCAUCUGCUACGUCUGGGCUCUAUUCUUCUACGGUAUCGGUGUUGGAGGCGAGUACCCCAUGACUGCGACUGCUGGUAUGGAGAACGCUGUCGGCUCCGGAAAAGUCUCUACCAAGGACGAUCGUCUUCACCGUGGCAGGAAAGUUACCAGUGCUUUCCUGAUGCAAGGUUGGGGACAAUUCUUCAACCAGGUCAUCCUGAUCAUCUUGCUCCUCAUCUUCCACGGCGGAUCAUCCCCCCCGUACUCGAAGACCUUGGCUCAAUGGACUUACCGUGUCUCCUUCGCCAUUCCUGCUGUCGGUACACUCUGGCUCGUCUACUUCCGUUACUACAAGAUGAAAUCGGCUUCGAGGCAGCUGGCGCUUUCCAAGAAGAAGUCGAACGUUACCGGCUACGACGUUCAGUCUUUGAAACUUACCUUUACAUACUUUGGACCCCGUCUUCUGGCUACUGCUGGCGCUUGGUUUGCCAACGACGUUUUCUUCUACGGCAACAAGCUUUUCCAGAACGAAUUCAUCAGCAUUAUUACGCCUGGUAACAAGUCUGUCAUGACCGGCUGGCUGUAUAACUUGAUCAACGUCGGUGUAUCGCUUUGUGGCUACUACCUCGCUUCCUUGCUCAUCGACAACAAGCUUUACGGGCGCAAAUGGAUGAUGAUCGUCGGUUUCCUGGCUGACUUUGUUCUCUUCAUCAUCCCCGGUUUCGCUCUGGACUACUUCACGUCGCCUGAGAACAUUCACGGUUUCCAAGCCAUGUACUUCUUGUCCUCGUUCUUCAACCAAUUCGGCCCCAACAGUGUCACUUUCCUUGUCGCUGCCGAGGUCUUCCCUACACCGGUCCGCGCCACCGCUCACGGUUUCAGUGCUGCUUGCGGUAAGGCUGGUGCCCUACUCGCCGCCGUCCUGUACAACUACAUCGACACUCAGACCAAGUUCUACUUUGUUCCCUGGUUUGGUCUUGCUGGUGCUCUCCUUACUCUACUCUUCCUUCCAGACACGACCGGUCUGGAUCUCAAGGAGCAAGAGCGUCGCUGGGCAUACAUUCGCGCGGGCAAAGAGCACGACUACCACGGUAUUGCCAUCCACUGGAAGCACCUGUCCUGGUGGGAGCGCUUCCGUGGCCAGCACAAGGAUUACGACGCCAAGCUCGACUACGAGCAGAAGAUUACCGAGAUGCGCGCAGAGUGGCUCGAACGCCAGCAACACAAGUUCUCUGAGAAGAACGGCUGGGAAGGUGCUGACCCUGACGAGGACGACCACCUUGAUGUACACAACUACUUCAAGCGCACCACACCCGGCUCGCCAAAGGGCCCUGAGCCUAUGAUGGCGCCUAAGUCUGUGUCGGAAAGCGACUCGGCGGAUGAGAUUACGAGGGAGAAGAAUGGACAGCUCUAGUGGAGCUAUGAACCAGAUGUUCAUUGUCGAUAUUUAGAUAAAAAUUAAUUGUUAGCGUUAUCGUUCUUUACAGCAUUACAACGGCGUUUUCAUUGUCUCGCGCUCGACGCAGAGGCUGUACUAUGACACAGAUAAUGAAGAUCGUUAUGACAAGUACUUUGAUCUAUCCAGACCUUUCCUGUUCCUGUCGUGAGUUGUU